AUGAGUGCUAUUGACAAAGAAAUAAGAGACAGGUUUAGGACAAUAAUCAAUAGCAGAUUGAUGGCAAUUAAGGAAGGAAAACCUUGUGGUGAUGACUUACUGGGCACUUUAUUAAAAUCCAAUUUCAAAGAGAUAGAAAGACAAGGAAACAACAAGAAUGCUGGAUUGUGUCUUGACGAGAUCAUCUCAGAGUGCAGACUCUUCUACUUUGCCGGGCAAGAUACCACCCGCAGUCUGCUCGCAUGGACAUGUGUUCUACUAUGUAGGCACCAAGACUGGCAAGAGCAAGCCAGAGAAGAAGCUUUGCAGCUCUUCAGAAAGGAAAAACUAGACUUUAAUAGGGUUCAAAACCUAAAAAUUGUAACUAUGAUUCUGAACGAGGUUCUGAGGUUGUACCGUCCAGUAAUUGAGGUGACUAAAGUAACAUAUGAAGAGACAAAAUUAGGAGACUUAACCAUACCAGCCGGAGUCCAGCUGAUGAUGCCAUCGAUGCUGCUUCACCGCGACCAGGAGAUGUGGGGGCAAGGAUGUGGAAGAGUUCAAUCCAGGGAGGCGAAAAUGGCCCUCGCAAUGAUUCUGCAACGCUUUCACUAUGUUAACUCUUCAGCCCCAAUACGGCGCUCAAGUCAUCUUCCACAAGCUCAACUGUUUAUGUCAACGCAAAUUAAUGGCGUAUUAAUGUGUAUCAUGUUUAUAGCUUGA